CUCUCUCGUAGAACAAUUAGUUUACCUCAUCGACUGGUGUCUUCCACGGCUUAAGGAUCUCAAGCUGGAAUUCCGCAAUCUCAAGGCAGUGGCAAUACGGCGUCACACGCUCAAAGCCUGGCAGGCGACGACGGAACGACUCAACCGCAGCGGGCUUGCACAGCAAGAGGGCGGCUGGAAGCACUUCUUGCCCCUGUGGCAAAAAGUAGGAGCUCUCAUCCCACCGGUGCCGGAGGCGAACGAGGCGGUGUUCCGUGUGCUUCAGCGGUGCGGAUGGAGUGAAUGCCUGUGCAGCGUCCAUAAACCUGCGCACAAGAUGAGGAUAUGCAAGGGCUGCUGGCUCAUCGCAUACUGCGGCGCCGAGUGCCAAAAGAACGGCUGGGAGAAAGGCGGGCAUCGGAAGCAUUGCCGGAAGCGUAGAGAAUCAGCCUGAGCAACGGCAAGACGCCUAAGGCCAAUUGUCGCUCACGUUCGCCCUCAGAGGCCGGGAGCGCGGUGGUCGAAGGCGCCCGUGCUCGCUGUGGACUGAAAGCCGCGCAUGGAGCCGGAGUCGGCUGCUGCGAGAGCUCGAGGAUUAGUCAAGCCCUUCGAAAACACACAUAAACUCCUUCCAGACGUAUUGUGGCAUUGUUGGCGAGAAGCAGCGGGUUCGGCUUCUACUUACUCGGACAUGACUGUGCGCUGACCCAUGUGCCCGUGGCUGGCGUUUGCCUCAUCGCGACACGGUAUUAUGCUAUACGAUUGAGCAUUAUUUCGAUGAGCUGGCGGCAUGGUACUUGGUGUAUGAGAAGACAGCUCAUGUUGCGACGGCUUAUAGAGCAGACUCUGCUGACUGACGCAAGGGGUCGGCUAAGGGACAAGACGUACUUAAGAGUGCCUAACUGCUCAUAGCUCCCAAGCCCUAACGCACCAUAGUCUACCACUCAUAUCGACAGCUCGAGCCAGUGUACUUCCCCGACCAACCUCACGAUGUCUGUUGCAGUACUCGCUCCCCACGAUGUCCCAACCUCUCUGAACUACUACAUCCCCGACCCGGAAACCGACGAGUCGCCUCGUAUUUAUAUGCAAGACCCACCGCCUGGUAAGAAGAAGAACAAUACCGGCCACGAGCCGUAUGAUGUCGUCAUUCGCGACGCUCGCGACAAGGAGAAAGAGUACGACCUCUCUCUCGACACGUCCGGCUUCCAGUUCGUCAAGCACGUGAGCCAAGACAGGGACUUCGAGGACGAGGAGAGGAUUCAAACCGCGUACUACAGGGAGGUAGAGGAGUUGCUGAAGAAGGAGACUGGCGCGAAGAGGGUCCUCGUCUUCGACCACACCAUCCGCCGUACUGAGCCGGACUUCGUGAGUCCGACGGGCAAGGUCAUCCGUGGAGCAGCCUCAGCAGUCCAUGUCGACCAAACUUAUGAUGCGGCCGUCGAGCGCGUCCAUCGUCAUCUCGGUGAUGAGGCCGAACGCCUCCUGAAGGGACGCGUCCGUAUUAUCAAUGUCUGGCGCCCCAUCCACAAUCCUGUGGCUCACAGGCCGCUCGCUGUGUCGGACUGGCGCACGGUCGAUAAAGAACACGAUCUUGUUCCCGUCCAAUUCAUUCACCCUGACCGUGUCGGAAGUACGUGCAUUUACUCCGUCCGCCACAACCCGAACCACAAAUGGUACUACCUCUCGAGUCAGACCCCGGACGAGGUCACCCUCAUCAAGUGUUAUGACUCAGAGGUGGACCGUGCGCGGUUCACUCCGCACGCUGCGUUCUUGGACGAGACGAGUCCGAAGGACGCGCCCCACCGGGAGAGUAUCGAGGUCCGAUGCCUGGUGUUCGAUACCGAGUAGAAGUCGUGUUUAACC